GUGAAAGCCCUGCAUGCCUCAGGAGCCAAAGUGGUGGCCGUGACACGCACCAAUGCAGACCUGGUCAGCCUCGCCAAAGAGUGUCCGGGGAUAGAGCCUGUGUGCGUGGACCUGGGUGACUGGGAGGCCACCGAGAAGGCACUGCGCAAUAUUGGCCCCGUGGACCUGCUGGUGAACAAUGCAGGGGUGGCCCUGGUGCAGCCUUUCAUAGAGUCUACCAAGGAGGUGUUUGACAGGUCCUUCAAUGUGAAUGUGCGCUCUGUGUUGCAAGUGUCCCAGGUGGUAGCCAAGGGCAUGAUUAGCCGUGGAGUGGCAGGAUCCAUUGUCAAUAUCUCCAGCAUGGUGGCCUAUGUCACCUUCCCUGGCCUGACCACAUACAGCUCCACAAAAGGUGCACUAACCAUGCUGACCAAAGCCAUGGCCAUGGAACUGGGGCCACACAAGAUCCGGGUGAACUCUGUAAACCCUACUGUGGUGCUGACUGACAUGGGCAAGAAAGUCUCUGCAAACCCAAACUUUGCCAAGAAGCUCAAGCAGCGCCACCCACUGAGGAAGUUUGCAGAGGUGGAGGACGUUGUCAACAGCAUCCUUUUCCUGCUCAGCGACAGCAGCGCCUCGACCACUGGCUCCAGCAUCCUGGUGGACGCUGGUUACCUGGCCUCCUAGACCGCCAGACGCAGUGGACCCCUGGAGGCCUCCCU